AUGCACCAGCCUGGCAGAGGCCCGUCGUCUACUCAGGUGCACCAGCUGCAGGCGCAGUGGUCCCAGCCCAGCCUUCUGUCAGCUCCAAGCGCAGGUGAGGCUGCACUCUGCAGGGGGGUGAAAGUGCCAGAAGAUCUGCAGGGUGUCCGAGACCUGUGCAAGGCACUGCGGGCCCCCGGCCUGGCGCCCGCACUGCCGGCUGCCCCAGCCCCGCAGAGCCAACCUGUGCGGGCUGCUGAGCCGGACCAGGAAGGCUGGGUGUGUCCAGGCACGGCAGGCGCCCGGAGAACUGGAGGACUUGGGGGAACGGGAGCUGAGUGGUUCUCUUGGCAGCUAAGCAUGGCUGGCUGGAGGGGCCCGGCCACUCUCCUGGCCUUUCUCCUCCUGUGCCCGCUCCCCUCCCCCUGCUGCCCUGCCGUCUGCAGAUGCUCCUCUGGGGAAGUGGACUGCAGUUAUCGAGCCUUGCGCAUUGUGCCCGAAAACCUGCCCACCAACGCCAGUGCCCUGUGGCUGGGCUACAACCACAUCGCCGUCCUCACGGCUCGCUCCUUCCGCUCGCAGCAGGCGCUGCAGAACCUCAGCCUGCGCAGCAACGUCCUGGUGAGCAUCCACAGCCAGGCCUUGGCAGGGCUGGGGGCGCUGCGGGAGCUGGACCUGAGCAACAACUACCUCACCGUGCUCCCGGCCGAGACUGUCCUGCCUCUCCCAGGCUUAGUGACUCUCAACGUGGGGGCCAACAAGCUUGGCCAGCUGCCCCCAGAGGUGCUGGAAGCACUGCCCUGCUUGCAGGAGCUCUUUCUGCACAGCAACGCCCUGAGGUCGCUGCAUGCCGGCGUCUUUCCGAACCUGCCGGCCUUGCGCUCCCUGACGCUGCAGGGCAACCCGUGGGCGUGCACCUGUGAAAUCCAGCCCCUCUUCCUCUGGCUCAUGGGCAACGGGGACAAAAUCCAAGAGGAGAAUUUGAUCCUGUGCAGAUUCCCAGAGCACCUCAACCAGUAUCCUCUCCUGGCCAUUGGCAACGAGUCCUUCAGCCACUGCCAGGACAGCUUGCUGCACGCCCAGGACUACGCCUUCUUCCUGCUCAUUGGCCCGGCCUCUUUCGUGGCUAGCAUCCUCAUCUGCCUCCUACUCGGCUCCCUGGCCGUGGCCUAUAACCACCUCCUGAACGAACUUUGCUAUUGGUGAGGAGCCCACCCGAGUGGGAGUGCUGUGGUUGCAGUAGCUCUGGGUGGGCCAGCAAGGGGACGAGGUACUGUCUGUGUCCCAGGGCUGGCAAGCAUUGUCGUGGGUACUGGAAGAUAAUUGUGUUACCUUCCCCUGCUGCGGGGCCUUUCCUUCUCCCCCAGGGGACCAUGAGCCCCACUCACGUUCCUUGGAGCUGCAGCAACGACCCAAGGGGGAAAUCCCCAAAGUUUCAGCAAGACUUCCCUGAACAUCCAUCUGGACUGGCUGGCGAGCGCUGGCUCCACCCCUGAGCCCUCCAGCUCUUUCCAAGAGCCUGCCAGCGAGGUGCCAAUUGUUCUGAGAUGGAGUGAGAGCCAAUAGGACUGGGCUGACACCCUCCCCAUCAUCUUCCACACCUGCCCCUGACCAGCAGCAGAUGGGAACUGCUCCCACCUGGCCUGGUUCAUGCCAGCACCUCAGAGGUGAAAGACCCCCCUCUGCUUCCUAAUCUGCCUCAAAGGCACCGAGAGGGACAGCCCUCCAUUACCAGGGCUUCAGCGUUAGCCGAAGGGUGUAAACCUUCUGGCCUGCCCAGCCCAGUACCCCAAUAUGAACGUGACAGCCGGGGCUGAGUGCAGUUCCUGCACCCAUCCACAGGGCUAAUACCGGGAUGGCACGCUAGGAAACCUGGCGCCUGCUGCAGUAGGGUGAGCGGAGAAUUGCCUUUAGGUUUGCAAUGUUCUCAGCCUUUACAGUGCCUCCUUGCUGCACUGGUGGUUGGGUAGCUUCUUCAGUAGCAGUCACAGCGUGCUCAGGGGAACGGUCAGGGUGUGAAUGCUGCUACUACCCUGGAGAAAUAGGAGCCGUUUGCUCUGGUUCCUCCUGUGUUUAGACCAGAGCGUGGGCAAAUCAAACCAGAGGCACGCACCUUUCCACCCAGGGAUGUUCAGGAUGAGAGGGUCAGAGCUGGAGCUGGGCAAAUACUGAACAAUGCUCUGGACCUACCUACGUGAAUGUCAAGACUAGCUGGCUCUGGCUGUGUUCACCCCCUGUUUGCAUUUGUGUCCCACUGAUGUUCUAGCAAACAUGUCCCCGGACAGGAGAGCUCACAGGAAUGGUAAAUUUUAGAGAAUAUUUGUGGCAAGUGAAUUUUGAACUUGUAACCGUGAGUGUGUGCUCUGGAAACCUGAACUGGGACCAGGCUCAACAAUGGGGAACAGAACUAUUCCUUGUGCUCUCUGUGUUGAGAGCUCAGAUUUCAGAUCUGGCAAUGAGCGCUCGCUGUGACCUACAGGCAGAGAUUGGCCGUUGAGAAAGCUGCACUGCAUUCUGGGAACUGCAUUCUGGCUCCAGAGGGAACAGAGGAAGCAUCACCAAAUCUAUUACCCCUGGCUCCAGCUCUUCCUGCCCGGCCAAUGCUCCCAGAGCCAAAGCUAACCCCAGAGUCCAGGUUACCCACCCUACCAGUGGGGAAUGACAGUAGACAGGUUGUUGGGCCUGAGAGCCACGCAGCAGCACAAUGGAAUCCAACACACGUGGAAAAUAUUUUCCUUUUCCAUUACACACACACCCCCGUGCGCACCCCCCGGGCUAUUCCCAGGAAAACACUGGGCGUUCAAGGGCAGCCUGUUCUCCCCUUCCCGCAGCACCAUGUAUGCAGUGCUGGGAACACAUGCAGCGAUCUGAGUGCUAAGGAGUAGUUCUGUGUUAUCUGACAGCAAACCCUUCACAUGUGCGCCCCAUCCAGUGUCUCCCCUCACCCACCAUCUCCUUAUGGCCCUAGAACCUCCAUCUCCCCCGGCCUCCUUCCCUGCUGGCCUGUCCUCGCUCACUGCUCCAGUGGGGUUGGGUUGCCUGCCCCCGGGUACAGGCUGGGGACCCAGCGCUACUGCACCCACUAAGCACAGCCUGGACUCAGCCACCCCAUGUGCCCACAGGGAGUCGUCACUUUGGCCCCUCUCUGCAUAGAGUCAGGUGGAGCUGGAAUGUGCGUGAGCCCUGCCUGGCAUCCUCCUGGUGCCACUCCUUCCCUCUGAUCACCCAUCCCAUCAGUUACAUAAUCUAUGGGGCUGAGACACACCCAGCCCUCCUCCUCUGGGUCCUGCACUGGGGGCCAGUCACUCCGAACAAACGGGGGCGGGGGUCUCUUUUCAGUACAGGGGUCUGAUUCUAAGGAUGCAGGGAUCUGUGCUUAAAUCCAUCCUGACACACUGUGGCUUCCUCUCCAGCCAGGGGACAGGGUCGAGGUAGGGGGUGAGCCCUUUGCUGGGAAUGCCUGGCGUUGUUCCUUUCUAGUUAUGACAUUUUCUGGGCAUUGUUUUAAGGGGAAAUAUUGUCUCAGCCUCACGCUGUCUUAUUGCUUUGUUAUUAUUGCUGCCAUCUCAGUAACAGGAGAAGUUGGGAGGUUGUUUUACCUCUGUAUUUGGCACUGGGGCACCUGCUGCUGGACUCCGGUGUCCCGUUCUGGUGCUCACGAUUCAAGGACAGUGAUAAAUUGGAGAGGGGUCAGAGAAGAGCCACGAGAAUGAUUAAUGGAGCAGAAAACCUGCCUCAUAGUGGUGGACUCAAAGAGAAUUCUAGUCUGCUUAACAAAGAGCAGGCUAAGGGGUGACUUGAUCCCAGGCUGUGAGUAUCUACAUGGGGAACAAAGAUUUAAUACUGGGUGCUUCAGACUAGCAAAGAAAGGCCUAAGAUGAGCUGGGGUAGAAGGUGCAGCCGGACAGAUUCCAAAUGGAAAUAAGGGGAGGGGUAAUGAACCAUCGGGACAACUCACCAAGGCUCAUGAUGGAUUCUCCAUCACUGGCAAUUUUAAAAUCAAGAUUGGAUGUUUUUCUAAAACUCUAUGCUGUCAGUCAAAAGGACCUAUUCUGGGGCAGUUCUCUGGCCCAGAGGAGGUCAGACUAGAUGAUCACAAUGGUCCCUGCCGGCUUGAGAAUCUAAGAACCUGCACCCACCCAUCUUAACCUGGGAAUCCAUAUUGCAUUGCAGCCUAGUCCUCACAUGCUCCAGAAUAAUCUCUUUGUCAGACGCUUGUGAUGCCUACUAGUCCAGCUCCGGAGCUGCAUGAGCACAGGAGAGGGGCUACUGAGUGGCAGAGGGAGGCAUUUUAACGGGUUAGCCAAAAUAGUAAUGACAUCUUGGGCUGAGGGCAUCAGCCCCUGCUUCCUAGAAGGUGCAUGACCCUGGGGUUCUGCUGGUAACAGUCUGCAUCUGCCCAGGAGCAGUGCCCUUGCACUCCCAGGAAGACCUCGCCACCCCCAUCCAUUGCCUUGUUGCUUCCAAGCCUGACCAUUGUAAUACGCUCUCCCUGACACUGACCAAACACUACCUGGAAGCUCUGGCUGCAGCCUGCAUGCUACUGGAGCAGACUCCCCUUACCUACCCAAUCCAGACUCCAAUUCCACGGCCUGCUUCUCCUCCACAAAGCCCUGAAUGGGUCGGGGUCUGGCUACCUCAGGGUGCUGACCG